AUGUUCCCACCAUCCGAAGGCUACAAUCUGGACAUCGAGGCCAUCUCUGGGAUCUGCGGGUCCAUCAGUAUCGCCUGUUGGGUUGUCGUCUUCUCUCCUCAGAUUGUCGAAAACUUCCGACGAAGUUCAGCCGAAGGUCUCAGCGUGGAGUUCAUCGUCAUUUGGCUGGCAGGAGAUGUUUUCAACAUUCUUGGCGCAGUGUUGCAGGGUGUUCUGCCUACCAUGAUUGUCCUUGCAAUCUAUUAUACCCUGGCGGACAUCGUCUUGCUCGGCCAAUGUUUCUACUACCGAGGCUUUAGUCUUCGUGAUCCAAGACCCGACAAGGAGCCUAGUGCUGUCGCAGAUGAACCUUCUGAACGUUCGCCUUUGAUCGCGAAUGGUAACGCCGAGUCCGUAAGACCAAGCCGUCCAGCCAAUGCCGCCGAUGUGGAGUACAAUUCGCGAACGCGAUCAAGUUCCUCCUUCAGGGAACGACUCUCGAGCAUGGAUGCCACGUUCCUCUCUCCUGCAACACCAAUACACCCGCAACGUAAAGACGACCCGUCGAGCGAGGUACUCAAGCCUCAACAGCCAAAGAGCUGGACGAAGGCGAUCUUGUUCAACGGCACUGCCAUUCUUGUCGUCAUUGCCGCUGGUAUCGCCGGUUACUACCUCAGCCCUUCAGCGCCGGAGCACAAGCAGCAGGAAUCUCCCGCAGAUGAGCAAGCAGCUUCACUCAAACUGAACCUCUGGGGCCAGAUCUUUGGCUAUGUUUGUGCCGUGCUGUAUCUGGGCAGCCGUGUCCCUCAACUCCUGCUCAACUAUCGCCGGAAGUCUACCGAGGGAUUGAAUGCCUUGUUCUUCCUCUUCGCCUGCAUUGGGAACUUGACAUUCGUCUGUUCAAUUCUGGCCUUCGAGCCGAUCUGCAGCCAGCAUCAUCGUGGACACUGGAGGGAGAGCCAUUGCCAGCCGGGCGAAGCGCCCGCGAUUUACGGUCAAUACAUCCUCGUCAACCUGAGCUGGCUGAUCGGAAGUCUCGGAACCCUUUUCCUGGACUUCGCAGUGUUUGUUCAAUUCUUCAUGUACCGCAAUAACAGGCCGAAGGCCAAUGCGGUCGCAGCUGGAGCCCAGGUUCAGGAAGCUCGAGGUCGGGAGGCGGGCGAGCGUUGA